AUGGACCUGGCGGGGAAAGUAGCUCUUAUCACUGGUGGAACCAAAGGUAUAGGAUUGGCCGUAGCCAAGGAUUUGAUACAAAAUGGGGCGUCGAGAGUGAUCGUCAGUGGCAGGAACAUCUUGGAUGGACUAUUCGACACGGUGAAAUGUAUGGGCAAUUUGGACAUUUUGGUGAAUGGCGCAGGCAUUUUGAACGAAUCAUUCAAGUGGACACAAAUGAUCGAAACCAACGUGAGAGCCUUGAUCACCACCACGGAGUUAGGCAUAGAUCUAAUGAAAAACUCUAAAACGCCUGGAGGAGUGGUCGUGAACCUAUCCUCCAUAUAUGCCAUCAAACCUGUGCCUCAACUGCCAAUAUUCAGUGCUAGUAAAGCCGCAGUACGGAACGCCACACUGGGAUUCAGUGUAUUUAGUCCGACUAGAGAACAUGCUGCUGCCUAA